AUGAACGUACUGCUGAAGCCAACGCAUCCGUCGUUAUUCUCAGAGUUCCCUUCGCACUACGACGCACACAACCCUGUAUCUCCUCAUACUGCAAGUCUAAGAAUGAGUGCCUCUAGAAAGCGAAAAGCCGACGACGAUGGCCUCGACGAUAAAAUGUCCAUCUCACCCCAGAAUUCCCCCGCUUUCACACCUCGUGCUAUUGCUCGACCGGCGAAGAAAGUAAGAGCCAACGAAGUUGCCGGACGCCCACUCUCCCUCUCCCGACUCCUCGAAACCUUAGAUGCACAGUCUCUGCGGUCGGUGCUGCAAACAAUAUGUGAGCGACACCCAGAGAUCGGUACGGAGGUGGUGUCGUCAGCACCUAGGCCCUCCGUUGCAUCAACUCUCGAGGUAUUAUCCCAGUAUCAAGAGAAGCUUCGGGACGCCUUGCCUUUCGGUGGUAACUCGAGUUCCGACUAUGCCUACAACCGAGUCAAGCAGCCCUUAAUGGAUUUGAUCGACGCCCUCACCGACUUCACGCCUCACUACCUUCCGCCGAAUGAGAGCCAGACGAGCAUAUCCCUCAACUUCCUUGAUUCCGCAACAAAAGUAGUUCACGAGCUCCCUGAGUGGGACAGCCAGUCUCACAGACACCACAAAGACAACGCAUAUGAUGAGAUCUCGAAGGCUUGGGCAUUGGUUAUCAGCGAAGCUUCAAAGAAAGGAGGCGGUUUCCAGUUGCACUCGGGUGGUUGGGACCAGCGACUUGCUAAGCAUAAUGAGCAGAGUGGAGGGCGUAUGCAGGUCGCUGUUAACGCUCUGGGAUCGAACCUGGGUUGGAUGGGUGGCAACUCUAGCACAGGCGCCAAUGACCGUGAAUCUAUCCGCAACCAACUGUUGUCCGAAAGCUACGGCACUAACUUGCCUGUUCGCGUUGGACUUUGGUAG